GCGCAGGACGAUGGUCCAUUAUCUACCAUGGAGGCGAUAUUUCACGAGAAACUGCUGUUUGGUUUUCUCCAAGCUGGAGCACUUGGCCUGGGCUGCUUCUGCAGCCUCUUCAGCCUCCUGUAAUCGAGAUGUCAGCUUCAUCUUGGACUCCUCCAACUCUCGCCGCAGUCACAGCAGUUCUGACUCACGCUUCUUGUUCAUCUCUAUCUGGAACGCAGUUACUCCACCAUCUUCUUCCAAUCUAUCAGUAAGGCCUUCUAGUUCCCUGCAAGAAGGGUCCCUCUGUGCUCAGCAUUGCCUCAACAAUUUGCUUCAGGGCGAGUACUUCAGCCCCAUAGACCUGUCUACAAUUGCACAGCAGUUGGAUGAAGAAGAGCGAGAAAGAAUGGCAGAAGGAGGAACUACCACAGAAGAAUACAGAAUAUUUUUACAGCAACCAUCAGGGAAUAUGGAUGACAGUGGAUUCUUUUCAAUUCAAGUGAUUAGUAGUGCCUUGAGAGUCUGGGGUUUAGAGAUUACCCUCUUCAACAGCCCAGAAUAUCAGCGAUUAAGGAUUGAUCCAGUAAUUGAAAGGGCAUUUAUAUGCAACUACAAAGAACAUUGGUUUACAGUACGAAAAUUAGGAAAUCAGUGGUUUAACUUGAAUUCUUUAUUGACGGGUCCAGAGUUGAUCUCCGACACUUACCUCGCCCUAUUCUUGGCUCAGUUACAACAAGAAGGUUAUUCAAUAUUUGUAGUAAGAGGAGACCUACCAGAAUGUGAAGCUGAUGAAUUACUGAAAAGGAUGGCAGUGGUACAGCUAGAGAGACCAAAAUUAAUUGGAGAAGAGGCAAACCAACAAACAGAAAUUGGGCACAGGUUACAGAGCAAUGACUGGGAACAAGUGAUUGAUGUGAACAAAUCAAUUACAAAUGUUUUGGAUGAUGAAGACGAUGAAAGUCUGCAGCGAGCAUUGUCACUAAGCCGUCAACACAUGGAGACGGAAGAUGAAGAAGCAGAUCUACGAAGAGCAAUCCACCUCAGCAUGCAAGGAUUUGUACGAGGAGCAGAAAACUCAGAAGUGGCCACAUCCCAAAAUGAAACUACAGAUACUUCAAGAACUAUUGUAGCUGAAACUCCCACAGUGGAGGAACUCCGAAGACGGAGACAAGUGUACUUUGAGAGAAAAGAAUUACAGCCGGAAAAUUCAGAUCAUCCAGCAAAACAGAGUUGUGAUGCACUAGAAGCAAAUUCAGCUAACGUGACUGAAGGAGAAUUGCCUCAAGCAGAUGUGUUGAAACCACUGGAAACUGGUGCCAAUAAUAAUUCAAAAGGGGAAGGAAGUUAAUUUGAGAAUAAAUACAUUAGUAACAACUGUACUCCCAUUUCUGAUCUGCGUGAAUUGUACUCCUCUUGUACAUCAGCCACAUAGAAAAAUAUGCAGAUGUUUUCAGAGACAGUAAAGAUAAUGUUCACUUGAUGCUAAUGCAUUUUUUGUGGUUGUUGAAUGGGAUCAUUUGCUGUACAGAACUACACGUUUUUGGUCUUCGAUUGUAGCACCUUAUCUGCUGAAAAACCUUCUUUAUGCACAUCCUAGUUAAUUAAAUUGCAGGGGAAGUGUGAAAAUAUUUUGCACCCAUCGAUAAACAUUUGUCUUUUGGAGAAAAAGGUAACUGGUCAAGCAGUUCAUGGUUCAAUUGUGCAACUGGACCUUGGAAGAUAGAAAAAUUGAUAAUGUUAAGUUCUUUGCUUUUUAAAACUAUUAUACAUGUUUUAUACCUUUUGCCUGGUACAUUUCUGAAAAUCAUGUUCGUAUAAUUUUGGAGGUAUCAAGAAAUAUGAUAUGCAGAAAAUGCUUGUGGUUUGAGGUUUUAUCAAUAUUGAAAGCUUUUUGGAUUGUUUAUAUUUGGGUAUUGAUCUUGUGCUGGCAUUUAAAUGCCUUUUAAUUGCUCUAAAACAAAUCACCUUCAUGUUUACUGUGUUGUAUUGAAUUAUGCAGGUUCUAUUUAUAUGCUUGAAUGUCUGUUUUGUCCAUUUAACUUUGACGGUCAAGUCUGGGAACAAAUGAAGAAUGUGGAAUUACAGCAAAUAAGACAAACUGUUGUGGAAUAAUUUAAUCUGAUGCCCAUUUGGACUUCUGUUAAAUAGUGCAGCUUCCUAUCAGGUUUUAGACUGUUAUAUCUGAAUAGAUGUGCCUCUGUGCUUAUUUCUGGCAUUGCUCUGUUUUCCUAUGAUUGCAAAAAUAUGAACUCAGAUUUGUUAUCCAUUGAAAUGUCAUGGUACUUAUAUUACAAUAUUAACGUACAAGGAUCAUGUGUUUGUCAACGUGGACCAAGAUAACAUAAUAUAACUAGUUGCAAAUUGAUCUUUGCAAAUGAGAGCAGUUAUUUCUCCAUAGUCUGCAAAAUGCUGUAGCUUAGUAGUUGAUUACUAGGUCCAAUGAUAAGUGAAUAAACAAUGCUCAAGGAGGUUUUAAAAUUGUAUUCAAUAAAACAGCUAACCAGGAAUACUUGAUCAUGUAAAUUCCUGGAUUAGCAUAAAUUAAUUCAUUUAUUAAUCAUAGAUUAUACCUUCAGCCUGAUGUACACUUGACUGCAAACUAAACUACUCUUAAAGCUCGUGGAGCAGCUAAAGUGAGCAAUGAAUAUUGCUUAGUUUUGUUGCCUAUGUUCUCGGAAUAAUUCUGGUUAACUUGUAAAAUAUUUUUUUUGUUGAAAGUAACAACAUAACUUUAAAAAGUGCAAAGUAUUUGUUACUUUCCCUCAUUGCUCUAUCUUAGUCCAAAAAUUUGAAGUUGAUAGAAUAGGGUUUAUUAGGUACUGUCAGUCACUCAUCACCAUUGUGUCAGUAACAUUCCUCUCUGUUCUGGACUAAAGAGUAUUAUAAAGUGGUUAUUGUGACAUAGCAGUGGUUGGUGUCAGGAUGGCAGGAUGAAAGAGUAGAAUUAACUGACUUUUAUUAUUUAAGUAGAAAGCACAUCUUUUUAAGCAAGAGCAUUUGGUAAUGGAUAAAAAAGGUGAUUUUGUUUUAAUGUCAUCCCAUUGCCAUCCUUCAUCAUGCAUCAUAAGGAUUUGUUUGUAGGAAUCCCAUUCUCGCCUUGACUGAGAUCAAUUUAUUCCUUGAAGUCCAGGAAUACAGCAUGAACAUUUAAUGCCUUUCAGCAUAUCAAGCCUUGUGCUAAGACAUUGAUUUCUAAAAUGAAAAAAGAAUGCCACAGAUCUUAUUUUUAAAAUCCAGCCAUUGCUCUAUAGCUUAAUUGAAGAGACUUCCACAGCUCCAGCUCAAAUUUUAAGGUUCUCUCUCAACUAAUUUAUAAAGUCUGUUCAUAAUCUAUUAAAUCUUACUUCAACUAUCUUAAACCUGAAUGUGAGAAAUGCAGAAGGGUCAGUUUCAGUUGUUUGGAAAUACUUACUGUACCCCUGUUGGCUGGAGAGUGGUACAACAUUCGUCCCUCUUUAUACUUGUAGUAUCCAAAUACGCUUUCUACAACUGAUUACUGGCUUGACCUUCCGUGCUGUUAAUUGGCCUUGAUGUAGGAGCGGCCAGUUGACAACAUCUAGGCUCAUGUGAAGAGUAGUCUCUUGUGCAAUGAAGCAGGAUGUUCAGUGUCUGAGAGCGUUAUCAGUUAUAGUCGGUGUUUUUGAGAGGGAGGCUUGAAUGGGAAGUGAGAAACAGAACUUGCUGGUGUUUUGGUUUCAGUGUGUUUUUAACAGUCUUCUUAGAAUUACUAGCAUUACCUGAAACAACUAUAAUUUCAAUAUUAUUUUCUUUCUACAUUUUUUUAAAUGGAAAUGAGUCAUGAAACAGUUGCAGUGCCUCUGUUAGUUAUAUGUGCUGAAGUUUGGACUUCAAUUUCUCCAAGUUCGCAGAGUUAUCUGUAGAAUCAAAUUUCUAUUUCAAUGCAGGUUUUUUUUUAAAGAUUAAGGCAAAAUGGUAAAGAAUGUUAAAUGAAAUAAUAUCUUGCUGCCUUGUUUUAUUUUGGCAAGGAGACAGGAUGACAAAAUAUGGUUAUCUGUGUUUUGCAAAGCUUUUUUUUUCCAUGUGCACACUGGAGAUGAAGAUUUGUUAGUCUCUAAAUAGUAUUCAUAUGGCUAUGUAUCCAAUAAAACUACAUUCUGGUU